UCCAAGCCGCCAACGCCACUUUCUGUCAAUAUUCAACAACAAAAAGUUAACUUUACUUUUGAAUUAAUGUUGAAAGUGCGCUAAUUUAUAUUGAAAUUUAGGUCCAUUUCAACUGUAUAAAAGUUGCUGAACACAAGUAAUUAACAAUGCCAGUGCUAGAAUCCUGCUGGUCGCCAUGCAUUUGGUCUUCGGAUGUAAAAUCUGGGAGCAGAGCGGUGGCUGUGUAUACGGCAGCUAUGAGCGUCAUACUUAUUACGUUUAUAGCGUAUCAGAUGGAUGGUGGAGACUCUACGCAGCUUUGGAACCCUUUGUUUGAAGCUGAUGUUCGAUCAUCGCUGUUCAUAUUUGGCAUCAUCUUCAUUAUCAUCUUUACCUUCCUGAUUUUCUUUUCUGUCCUAAUGGUCAUCGGCAUAAACAUUUGGAUGAGAGGUCUCCUGCUGCCCUGGUUGAUCACUGUUGGUUUGAUCAUUGUCUUCCAGUUCAUCUUUGGGCUGUGGCUUAUUGGAGGAUAUUACAUUUAUUUGGAUGCCACGUUUGCUGCAUUUAUUGACUUCAUAUGGAUGGCCUACAAUAUCUAUUGCUGGUUGUGUGUGUUCUCACAAUAUCAAAUUAUCCUGGAGAUGCAAUCACCAAAUAUUGAGAUAUUAGUGGAGUAUUAAAACGGACUGAGGUAAAAACAUUAUAAAUUAAGCUUAUGUAAUUUACACCCACAAACUAUGUUAAGAACCCUUAAGACUUUUAAUUUUUAUGAAAACCAUGAAUUCUACCAUUUGACUCUAUUUCCCGUAUUCACAAACGAUGCUUGCUUAAGUGAAUCAGCAAAUCGAACGCACAGCGUAGAAUAGAGCUCUGAGAUUGAUUCGUGUGUCACCCUGUGCGUUCACGCGCACUGUGCGACCUCAUAGUAAUGUUUGUGAAUACGGGCGUGUGUGUCUUGUAUAAGUAGUAAUGUAGUAAUAGUGCCUUAACUAAGUAGUGUAGUUAAGUAAAUACUUUUUAUAAGUGCCUGAUGUAGAUUUUUGUAUUUAUGUAGAUAGAAUAUAUUGCACAGUCUUUUAUUUUGCCUUAGAAGCGGACAUCCCUGUUUUAUUAAUUCAAUCGUUAGAUAUUACUAUUAUGUAUAAAAUUGAUGAAGGAACUAGUAGUUGUAUUUGCUUAGUUUCGAAGAAAUAUUCGAUAUUGUGAUUUUAUAAAAAAAACAGUUUUAGAAGCAUAUUUUCUAAAAAAAUUACAUUAAGUCAGAAUUUUGUAAAUAAAUUUACCUAUCACUAUAACGUCUACCUUUAUGCAAAAAUAAAUGGUUAUUGCUGCAGUAAUUUAGGAAUUAUUUAAUAAUUUAUGAUUUUCAGAAAACAUUUUUUUCUCCGUUGUCCUAGAAAAAUGGCAGCUAUAUUUACUUUAUAUUGAUGCAUGAUAUAAUUAUCUAUAAUACCUGAAAAUAUUACUUGCCUAUCCCGUGGAAGUUCGAUGAUACGACUAGAAAAAUUUGUCAAAAGUAAUAUUGACUAAGGCCAUCAGUCAAAACCACUAUUAACUGAAAUUUGCAGUCAAAAGUGGUUUUGAUCGAUUAUGAGUUUUGACUGCAACAUAUACAGGGUGUCCCAAAAACAAUGGAUAACCCUGUAACCAUCGAUAGGCCUCGCCAUGAUCUCCCUAACGUCCAUUUUUGACCCCAGUAAAAAUAUCACCGAUUUCAAGAUUUUUAAGUUUUUGUGCAUUUUUAGAAAAUUGCCACCUGCGAUUACUUUUUCUCAUGCCAUUUCUACAAAUGAGGAUACUUUUCAAUUUAGUUUUUUUCCUUAUCACAAGGGAUAGUUGGGCUAUCAAAAGAAAAUAUCAAAGUUCAACAGACUAGUUUGAAAGUAUGAAAAUUUUAAGAAAUUGCAGAAGAGAAGGAAAAAUUAAUUCAUUGUCUUGUACUUUUGAUCAGCCAUCGUGUAAAAAAAAUGUAGGAAGACCAUCGUGCCCAUUACCUUAAAAACUUCCUUGGUUAAUUGAGAUUCUAAAAAGGUAUCACAAGCCUAUGUAUCCUGUAUUAUUUUUAUCUUAUGGCUACUUGAAUAGCAACUAGUAUGAAAACUGCAAAAAUGAGUUUUUCUCGUAAUAGUUAAACUAGGACUGCAUAGUGGCAUUAAAUACAAAUGGAUACUUUUUAGCGUAGAAAUUUUAAUAAAGCAACAGUUUAUCAUCAUCAUCAUUUCAGCCGUAGGAUGUCCACUGCUGAACAUAGGCCUGUACCCUAAUGAUUUUCAUAAUGACCGCUUGGUAGCGGCCUGUAUACAGCACCUUCCUGCUUAUCUUUAUGAGGUCGUCGGUCCACUUUGUAGGUGGACGUCCUACGAUGCGCUCUCCGGUACGUAGCCUCCACUUGAACCCUGCUGGCCUCAGUUCUGCGAACUACUGUGCCUUGCCCUUUGCCACUUCAGCUUGCUGAUCCGUCGGGCUAUGUCAGCGACUUUAGUUCGUUUACAGGUCUCCUAAUUUCUGAUACGGUUUCGUAAAGAAACCCGAGCAUAGCCCCUUCCAUAGCACGCUGUGCAAAAAAUCCACGUUUCCGAGCCGUGGUGCAAAAAAUCCACGUUUCCGAGCCGUGUAUCAUCACGGGCAUCAAGGUUCAAGUGGAGGCUACGUACCGGAAAGCGCAUCGUAGGACGUCCACCUACAAAGUGGACCGACGACCUCAUUAAGGUAAGCAGGAAGGUGCUGGAUGCAGGCCGCUACCAAGCGGUCAUUAUGAAAAUCAUUGGGGUACAGGCCUAUGUUCAGCAGUGGACGUCCUAUGGCUGAAAUGAUGAUGAUGAUGAUAAAAUGUUGCUUUAUUAAAAUUCCUACGCUAAAAAUUAUCAAUUUGUAUUUGAUGCCACUAUGCAGUCCUAGUUUAACUAUUACGAGAAAAACUCAUUUUUGCAGUUUUCAUACUAGUUGCUAUUCAAGUAGCCAUAAGAUAAAAAUACUACAGGAUACAUAGGCUUGUGAUACCUUUUUAGAAUCUCAAUUAACCAAGGAAGUUUUUAAGGUAAUGGGCACGAUGGUCUGCCUACAUUUUUUUUACACGAUGGCUGAUCAAAAGUGCAAGACAAUGAAUUAAUUUUUCCUUCUUCUCUGCAAUUUCUUAAAAUUUUCAUACUUUUAAACUAGUUUGUUGAACUUUAAUCUUUUCUUUUGAUAGCCCAACUAUCCCUUGUGAUAAGGAAAAAAACUAGAUUGAAAACUAUCCUCAUUUGUAGAAAUGGUAUGAGAAAAAGUAAUCGCAGGUGGCAAUUUUCUAAAAAUGCACAAAAACUUAAAAAUCUUGAAAACGGUGAUAUUUUUACUGGGGUCAAAAUUGGACGUUAGGGAGACCAUGGCGAGGCCUAUCGAUGGUUACAGGGUUAUCCAUUGUUUUUUCGACACCCUGUAUAUCGAUGUUUCGAAAACGAUAGGAUUUCCAAUAAGCCGCCACAGGGCCAACUCUAUAAUUAUCAAACACGACCAGACAAAUUAAUAAUGGUAAAAGCAAUGAAUUUCAAUAGUUAUCUAACAAAGGCAUUAAAACCGUAUUGUUACGGACGGCAUUUAAAAAACUAAAAAAUAUUUAGAUGACAACCCUAUUUACAUAUAAAUCUUCUAAACUCAUAGAAAUUAAAAUAUCUUCGAACUUCCACGGGAUAGGCAUGUAAUAUUUUCAGGUAUUAUAGAUAAUUAUAUCAGGCAUCAAUAUAAAGUAAAUAUAGCUGCCAUUUUUCUAGGACAACGGAGAAAAAAAUGUUUUCUGAAAAUCAUAAAUUAUUAAAUAAUUCCUAAAUUACUGCAGCAAUAACCAUUUAUUUUUGCAUAAAGGUAGACGUUAUAGUGAUAGGUAAAUGUAUUUACAAAAUUCUGACUUAAUGUAAUUUUUUUAGAAAAUAUGCUUCUAAAACUGUUUUUUUUAUAAAAUCACAAAAUCCAAUAUUUCUUCGAAACUAAACAAAUACAACUACUAGUUCCUUCAUCAAUUGUAUACAUAAUAGUAAUAUCUAACGAUUGAAUUAAUAAAACAGGGAUGUCCGCUUCUAAGCCAAAAUAAAACACUGUGUAUUGCUAUUAUGUAUUAAAUCCAUGUCCAAAUAAUCAAAGAAACUUCUAGACUACAAAAAGAUAUGAUAUGUUUUAUCUGACAUAUUAUUUUUAUUGUACCUUUUAAUUUUGACUACUUUUAUUAAAUUUUGUAACUAUCUAAGUAGUAAAUGAAAUAUUUUAAUCGGAAUUUAUGAUAUUUUUACAUCUUAUGUAAUGAUCCGUCCAAUCAAAAAGCUUUAUUUUGACUUUUGAAGAAUCUCAUGUGUGUAUUGUGUAUUUAUUAUUUUUACUUUGCAUUUAUAUUACUUGUCUUAUUAAUAAGUUAACAACGCAUCUGUGUUAGUAAUUAAGAUAAAUCGACACCAAUCAAUAAAAUGAAUUUGUUUAACAAAA